CCACUAGUCUGCGUAGGUCUGGUUUGGUUUGCUCUGAGGUUCCGCCCCGCGGCUGUGGGGCUUAUAAACCGGGUUUAAGGAGGGGGAGCGGAGGCAGAAGCAGCUGUCUCGGUUCGGUGUCAGCAUGUCUGAGAGCAGGAGGCAGGGUCUGGUGUAUGUGAUCACCGGGGGGUGCGGGUUCCUGGGGAAGCAUCUGCUGCGGCUGCUGCUGGAGAAGGAGGACGCGCUGGCGGAGGUCCGGGUCUUCGACAAGCACACGGAGCCCGGUCUGCAGAGCUUCAGCACAGAGCUGAAAAAGGUCACCGUGGUCCAGGGAGACAUCACCGACUACGCCAACGUGCUAGAGGCGACCCGCGGGGCCGACGUGGUCAUCCACACCGCCAGCCUGGUGGACGUCUGGCACAGGGUCCCCGAGAGCCUCAUCCACUCGGUCAACGUAACAGGGACAGAGAAUGUGAUCAAAGCCUGUGUGGAGUGUGGUAUCCAGUGUCUGAUCUACACCAGCAGCAUGGAAGUGAUUGGUCCGAACAUCAAUGGAGACCACUUUAAGAGGGGCAAUGAAGACACACCUUACCCAGUGAAGCAUACGAUGGCCUAUCCCAGAAGUAAAGCCAAGGCGGAGAAAAUUGUGCUUGAAGCUAAUGGCACCAAGGUGAAAGGUGGAAAGUGUUUGUACACCUGCUCCCUGAGGCCAACGGGGAUCUAUGGCGAAGGGCACCAGCUCAUUAAGGACUUCUACAAACAGGCUCUUCAGAGGGGGGGCCUGGUCAUCGGGGGCAUCCCAGACAACAUAGAACACGGGAGAGUCUAUGCAGGCAACGUGGCGUGGAUGCACGUUCUUGCUGCCAGAGCCCUGAGGGAGCGUCCCCAGAAAGUGGGCGGGGAGGCCUUCUUCUGCUACGACGAGUCGCCCUACAAAAGCUACGAGGACUUCAACAUGACGCUGCUGUCUGCCUUCAACUUCAGAAGGACCCGCAUGCCCGCCCUGGUGCUCUGGUUCCUGGCCAUGUUCAACGACCUCCUGCACUGGUUACUGAGCCCAGUGUGCAACUACACGCCUCUGCUGAACCGCUUCACUUUAGCGGUGGCCAGCACCACCUUCACAGUUCUCACAGACAAAGCUGAGCGGUAUUUCCAGUACCGCCCGCUCUACAGCUGGGACCAGUGUCUCGCCCGAACGCAGAAAUGGAUCAGCACCUUUCCCCUAGAGAAGCCCAAAUGCUCCUGACGAAAAGUCAACGCACAGUGCAUCAGUUACUAACGUCCAAAGAAGUGGCAGUGAAGUCAGAUGAAGCUCUGCAACGCAAUAAUCUGCACUUAUUUCCAAAAGCAGAAGAAUGCUCCAUCCUCUGACAUAAAACUCAGUGCUGGAUUCGUUGAAAAAAAUUCCUCUGGUGCAUUUUAGCCGUAAAUCUAACACAAUAUUCAGUAAAUAAGAGGAAAACAGUAUUUUCGCUGGCACAUCCACUCAGGGCUUCUGCUAGUAUUUACAUUCAACUCUAAUCAUUGAGAUUUUCAAAUAAUAUAAGCUAUGACAAAUGUAAAUAUGAUUUACAAGCAUUUAAAACAUUAUGUUUUUAAUGUAUAAUAGAUUCAUAAAUGUUUUUUUAAACACUUGUGAAAUGUUUGUCUAUAAUCCUUUUUCAUUUUAAAUAAAAAUCUAUUUAAUUUAGCCCUCAUUUCCUUUUUUAGUGUAUCUUUGUGUUUUGUGUUGCAUAACGGGGAAGGACCUUGUUGUAAUGUCAAUAUUUCCAUGACUGCCAUUAUUAUCAUAAACUUUGGUACACCAGAAACCUCAUCUUUAAAAGUCUGCACCGCCUAGAAACACAACAAAGAAAAGUAGGAAAUACUUUUUCUUUCUGUUCAUGCGUCUCAACAUUUCCACUUGGAGACUGUUUUUUUUUCCCUCCUCAUCAUUCAGUUGCUCUGGAAACGCAUUGUUAUAGGGUUGGACCUCUCUCCAUAUUGGUGCGCAAACUUGUUAUAACUUGCUGGAUAGAUUCUUUCCCUAACAGAAAAGGGAACCCUCCCUGUUGCAUAAUAUGACGUUACACUUUGUUUGGGUUCCAUAACAAUUACUACAACAUGUCCUGUGAGAGCAGGACAAUGACUCACCAUGCGUACAUAUAACCUGUUUCUUUGUCCUUUUCCUAUGAAUAUUCAGAUUAUUAUUUUAAUGCUUGCUCUUGCAGACCUGCUGUAUAACCAUUGAGAUUCAUGGCAAUAGGUUACAUAUAUUUAUAUGUAUUUAUAUACAUAUAUUUCAUUAUAUGUUCACACAUCACUGAAACCUGACUUCUGGUUU